CUGACUGUUACUGAAGCUUGGUGGCAGUGCCUGCUCCCUAAUGGUGUCUGUGUAGUCAAACAUCGCCAAGCCUUUUUACACUGUUGUCCUCUGUUCCUCUGUUCAGAUGGCAGUUGUGAGUCUUAUCUGAAAUACAUCUCCCAGCAUGCAGUGGUGUAGGCUGCCUGAAAUCCGAAGAAAGCAGAGUCACCUGCUCAGACAGUCUGCAGGUCUAGUGGCAGAGGACACCUUUGACUUUCUGUUUAAGAUUGUCCUUAUUGGAGACUCCAAUGUGGGGAAGACCUGUGUCGUCCAUCGGUUCAAGUCUGGCAUUUUUGCAGAGAAGCAACAGAACACCAUUGGAGUGGACUUCACCGUGCGCACCCUGGAGAUCGAAGGGAAAAAAGUGAAGAUGCAAGUGUGGGAUACAGCGGGUCAAGAGCGCUUUCGUACCAUUACCCAAAGCUAUUAUCGAAGUGCCCAUGGAGCCAUCAUUGCCUAUGACAUCACUCGGCGUGCCACAUUUGACUCGGUGCCUCAUUGGAUCCAUGAAGUUGAGAAGUAUGGAGCUGCCAACGUGGUCCUCAUUCUUAUUGGGAACAAGUCAGACCUGGCAGCACAGAGAGCUGUAUUGUUUGAGGAUGCCUGCACAUUGGCUGAGCAGAAGGGACUUCUCGCUACUAUGGAGACGUCUGCCAAAGAAGCACAAAACAUAGAAGAUGCCUUCCUGCUCAUGGCACGGGAGCUGAUGGUUAGAAAUGGAUUACACUUCCAGGAUGAGGAUCCAAAUGUCGGCUUGCGCUUGGACUCCAGACCCAUCAAUGCUCCUACUAAUGAGAAAAGAAGUUGUGAUUGCUGACUGGCACCUUUCCCUCUUCCAAAUAAUAAAAGGGAUGGGGGGUAAAAUGCAAGAAGAUUGUUUCACAACUAAUGGAGAAUAAAGAGUUAUUACUUGGUCUGCUGGUUUGAUUUGAAACUUGUAAAGAGCACCAAGGAGUGUGUUUGUCAUUAGAACAGCUGGUUGUGGAAACAUUCCCAUGUUUGACCUAAGAACACAGAGUUUAUUCAGCGCCGUAAAGAACUGACUAAAAAGACAGACUGGGUGUCUAUUUUGAUACAAAGCAUGGAACGGUAGACAAAUGCAUAGAAUCUGAACAAAUGGUUCACUGGCAUUUUGUUUAACAAGACAGGUCAACAACAUUUGCAAAGUACUGUGCCUCAUCUUUGUUAUACAUACAGUAAUUAUCAUUCUUGUUGUUCUGUGGAAACCUUUUGUUAACAACUGUUGCACUGUCCAUAAGAAAUGGGGUCAUUACUGUACUGGUCAGGAUAAGAAGAACAUCAUUUUCUAAAAGUAUUGUUCAAGUGCAUUUUUAGGUGGCAAUUCAUUGUCCUUUUGUUAAUGUAGUAGUUUUCCUUUUUCUGAUUUUAUUUUUAUUCUUUGACUGUCCCUAAACCAUACCUACACAAUGAUAGAAAAACACCAAAAUGUGGAUUUUAGCAGAAAAAUAAAACACAUCAGGCUAUCUAUUGUGUCAGUUAUUUUUUAAAAUAUAUUUUACAGUGUUCACCUAUAAUUUACGUUUGGAGGUUUCAUGUUAUCUCACCAUAGGCAGUUUCAGAGUCUAGAUUGUCCGUCAAUGGAAGCCAUUGCAUAAAUUGCCAUACAGAUGAAUUCAAGCAAAGUACUUAUUCUGCAAUGAAAUUAAUAAGCUAUUGGUAAGCAAUAUUUAAUGACAGAUUCAAACAUGCCUCAAUUAUUUAAAAUUCACAAAACCAAUUAAAAAAAUUCUGUUUCUAUACUAAAACGCAUGAGAGAGAGUGAGUAGCAUUUUCAUCUGAGGUUAAGUUGAGUAAUGGGAAGGACAUUAUUUAUAGGCUACCAUAAUGUCUUGCUGCACCAAGUUACAAAUUGACAAUUAAACGUACUUUCAAAUUUCCCAAUCCUACUGCAUUUGUGUCACUUUGUGAAUCAACAUAUUGCAAUCCAGAGUCAAAGACACAGAAGCUUAUUUGGCAGCAUUCGGUUUAAGACACAGACCAGGCCUUCACGAGAUUGUAUUUAAUUCCUUCAAUUUUCAGUUUACAUUUGUAUAGUGCUCUUCAAUGAGUACAGGCUCAGAGUUCACACACAAAUUCACAAUUACAAUAUUUUAACAGCAAAUUGCUUAACCAUAAAAUACUUUACUUUUAUAAACACAUCAAUUAUGUAAAACACACCUUAAAACAGAGCAAGUUCAAUUUUAAAACAGUUAAAUUUACAUUUGUGCUGUGCUUCCACAACUUUCCAGAUAAACAACACAAACAUGGAAAUAAUUAAACCAUGCAUCAUUAACAUACAUAGUUAAGAACACUAAAAAUGAAGCAAUUUCAAUUUGAGCAACACAAACACAACUGAAUAUACAAGUCCUUUAACAUUAUAAUUAAGAUAUGUUCUGUUGACGAUACACAAGGAGAAAACAAAAACUGCACUAUACAGGAUAACUUGAUGUCACACGUGUGCGCAUGGGGAACAGCUUAAGGGCUCUGGUGAUGGGAACUAUCCUCUAAGCCAGGGUUUGGCACUGCUGCUUAAUAUCCUCCUCCUUCUGCAUAGCCUUACCACCCCUGACGUCAGUUUCGUCGCUAACCCUCUUCGACCAGCCCCUUCCCACCUGGGCCAUAUAAAACCGGAUAAGCCGCCAUCUUGAGCCAGUCCCUUUUUGACUCCCAUUUGUGAAGACUCCCGUUUCCUUUGAUUAUUUUCAUUUCAACCAUUUACAGAAGGUUCAGCCUGGCUUUGCUUAGUGCCAGGAGAACCAAACGUUUAUGCUGUACAUGAUCCUCCCAUGAAGGAAAGAAAGGCAGUGGCUUAGCAAUUUUUUUUUUGAGCAAAGUAAAUUGUAAGGAUGUCAGCUUGAGCAGUUUUGAAUCUUUUGUGUAUCUUACUGUUGGUGUUACAGUAUUUCCACAUUUCCUUUUUCUAACUAUUUAUUAACGACCAAAAUAUAAUGCAUCAUUUAUUAGUUAAAAUUAUGAUUUAUUAACCAUCAUAAUAAUUAGUUUUGACAUUUUCCUGACUUCAGCUUUCAUGUAGAUAAUCAUUGUAAUCCGAAACCUAUGGAAGUUUAAGGAUCUUUUAAAAGCAUCUUACCUUGCUCAUCAUAUCACCCAGUCAGCACAUAAAGCGAAUCACACAUUAGUCUUGAAUAUCUCCCAUGGGCUUAGAAUUGAUGUGACUCAGGUAUACUGGCAUAUCCGGUCAUUACUAUAUUUUCUUUAAUGUAACAACGCCACUUACAAGGACUAAAGAAGAGUGCAUUUUUUUGAUGCCACAACUGCCUGUAUCUUUCACCUUAAUAAAAGGUUAAGUGGC